ACGACCCGGACAAGAUGGCGACGCUGCAGGGAGGGCUUCUGGGGCCGGACCCAGGGGCGCUGAGCCCCGCGCAACUGGAGCAGUUGCGCCUCUUCAAGAUUCAGACUCGGAUAGCUAACGAAAAAUACCUUAGGACGCACAAAGAGGUGGAGUUGCUCAUAAGUGGUUUCUUCAGAGAAAUGUUUUUGAAAAGACCAGACGACAUCCAAGAAUUUGCUGCGGACUAUUUCACGGAUCCAAGACUUCCCAACAAGAUUCACAUGCAGCUAAUUAAGGAGAAGAAAGCAGCUUAAUUAGCAGAAUCUUGAUGCUCAGCUGCUGAGAGAGACCAGCAAGAAUCCAGCCUCGGGGUCUUGGACCAUAUGGACAUUCCACAGAUUAUCACAUUACUGCACUGAUGACAUCGUGGUAACUCUACAGGAGCAGCAAGACAUGGCAAGUACGCUAGAGGCCCUCACAGGAUGAACGUCCUUCCAGUAGUGGUACCUAAACCUGCAAACAUUCACUGAUGUCUUUAGAGGUCCGGUGGUCUGGACCAUGCCAGGAUGUUCCCUCCAAAGUAAAGAAGUUUGACAUCUCACGUCUCACUACUAAGAAGGGAACACAGUGCCCGAGAAACGGCCUUGGGGUCUACAGACAUCAUAUUCCACACUUGGGAAUCCUAUUCUGGCACAUGUAUCAAUUUUGAUGAUAAAUGGACAGAUGCAGACAUGACCUGAAAGGACAUAAUGACCAGCACCAAACUCCAGUAGCUCAAGAGGACAACCUACUUGGAAGUUCUAUCCCCAGUCUACUCAAGCCCCAUAAACAGCAUCUAAGAACACAAUCUCUCUAGUCAACGGUUUUGUAAUAGCACUGCAUGGUGACAAAUGAUAGCUACACAGCUUAAUGUAUAGAAUUAUCCAACCCCUCUGCUGUACACCUGAGAAUAAUGU